CCCGGCCCCGGCGCCCGAGGGGAGCCGUGGGUGGGGGUGGGCGUGGAAGGUCGGGGGCAGGAGGGGCGCUUGGCCCCCUGGAGAGUGCAGCAGACAGGGCUGGUCCCGCGGAGGCUGCGGCCCCGGGGAAUGGGCGGGUGGGGGGUGUCCAGGGGGUCGGUUCGGAGUGGAUUGACUACUGGGCCCGGAGGGUCCGAGCCAGGAGCGGAGCCUGCACCCUCCACCACCCGCCCUUCGGGAAAUAUCAGAACUGAGCCAAGAGGCAGGUGCAUCGGGAAAAUGUGUCUGAGUCCUGCUUGGCAGAAGAGAAACUGAGUCACCAGCUCAGGAACCGCAGGGUCAGCGGGCCUGAAGGGGGCUGGGUCUGUCUAUGGUGCAGAGGGUGGGUGGGCCAGUGUGAGCUGAGGUGGCCUCUGGCUGGAGAUUGGUCUCUGCUGUGUCUGCACCUCUUGGCUCGGUUCCCUCGUGCUCCACGACUCCUGCAUCUCCUGGCUGCUUCUUGUUGGUUUGGAGUUGUCCCUGUGGUUGGUGCCAUCUAAGUGUGUAAUGCCUAGGCCAAGGAGCAAGGGGAGGGAUUGCUGACCUACAGCCUGCCUGUGGGUUUGAGCAGGAGUCUAAGGUCGCUGAGGAUUUGAGGAGACUUUCCUGAACUGCCCUGGCUCCAGUCCUGGGCCCCGUCACCAUCACCUUAGCAUAUAGCGUGGGGGAGGAGCACUAACAAAAGAACUUUGGGUUGUGAAUUCCACACCCUGUUCUGCCACUUUCUAGUUGUAAAGUCUUGGAAAGGCUCUUCCUUUCUCUUAGAAAAUCCAAACCAUGAUACUGUUCUCCUUAUGAAGAUAGUAAUAAUGGCAGGCAUUUAUUGUGUGCUUACUUUGUGUCAAGUACUGAUAUAUUCCAUUCCAUUUAAUUCUCCUGACAGAUCUAGAGAGUAGGGAUCAUUAGCUCUGGUUAACGGGUAACAAAAACCAAGGCACAGAGAGAAUAUGGAAUUUGUUCAGGAUCACACAGCUAGUAGGUGGCCGAGCUAGGGUUUCAUCCCUAGUCUGACUCCAGAAUCCAUGGCCUCAACCAGCAGGCUAACCAGCCUUUAGGGCAUACUCCCCAGUGAGAGAAGAGGGAGGUGAGAAAUCCUAGUGCCCUAGCUCCCUGGGCUGUUUUAUUUAUAUUGUGGCCAGACCCAACCCACGGUCUCUCCUCUGGUGCCAAUGCCUCUGGGCCCCAGACUGAAGGGGCACCAAAGAAAUAGGCUGUAGUCUUUCCAAGUUUCCUUCACACCAUGCCUGGGUGCUGGACUCUGGGGUCAGCUUUCAAGACAGUUGCUGUUUCAAUCCAUCCGUCCUCCUUAAUGACUAGCCUCCCUCUGAAGAGCUGGACCAUAAGGUGCAUGAGGCAGAGUCUCCAAGCUCUAUAGUCCCAGUCCCCCUCUGACUGAGCUGGGAUGGUCUAGCUGGUCCCAGGGGACAAAGACUGCAUGGGGAAAACAGUAGACUUGGAGUUCUGAAACUUUUCUGAGCUUCGAUCUCCUCAUCUAUUAGAGAGGUUAUUAAAACCUCUUACAGGGAAAGGUAAGAUGACCACAUGGACAGCUCUAGAAUGGCACAUGGGAAUGUGUAAUAAAUAUUGGAGGGGCCCAUCUUAGAGAAGGGAGGUGAUCUGGAAAAACAGUUUUUGGAGGAAGGUACCCUCAGCCCUCUGCCCUCCUGGAUCCAAAGCCAGGGAGAGUGGUCGCGAAGGCAGGAGGAUUGAUGCAGGCUAGACACUGGAGGGCGAGUUGACUGGGCUUUGUGGGGUGUGGGGAUCUGGGAGAGGGAACGGAGGUGUUGGGCUCUCUGAGGAAUCUUAACCAGAGUAGGGAGUCUCUGGCUUGGGUGGGACUCUUCCCCCAGUCCCGCCUCAGCAGUGACCCCAUGUGUGUGCCUCUCUCUUCCUUCUGCAGCUGCUGCCGCUCACCCCGUGUCUUCUGGCCGCUUCCCUCUUUGCUGCCCCUCCCCUUAGGCUCCCCCUCUCCACCUCCUGGGGACCAUCAUGAAUGGUGCCCCUUCCCCAGAGGAUGGGGCUUCCCCCUCCCCUCCCCCGCUACCUCCACCCCCUCCUCCUAGUUGGCGGGAGUUCUGUGAGUCCCAUGCCCGGGCUGCUGCCCUGGAUUUUGCCCGCCGUUUUCGCCUCUACCUGGCCUCCCACCCCCAAUAUGCAGGGCCCGGGGCUGAGGCCGCCUUCUCCCGCCGUUUUGCCGAGCUCUUCCUGCAGCACUUUGAAGCUGAGGUGGCCCGGGCCUCUGGCUCCCUCUCACCACCCAUCCUGGCUCCCCUGAGUCCUGGUGCGGAAAUCUCGCCACAUGAUCUGUCCCUUGAGAGCUGCAGGGUGGGCGGGCCCCUGGCUGUGCUGGGCCCUUCUAGAUCAUCUGAGGACCUGGCCGGCCCCCUCCCUUCCUCAGUCUCUUCCUCUUCUACGACCUCCUCGAAGCCGAAGCUAAAGAAACGCUUCUCCUUGCGCUCAGUGGGUCGCUCCGUCCGAGGCUCAGUCCGUGGCAUCCUGCAGUGGCGGGGAGCCGUUGACCCUCCCUCUCCAGCUGGGCCCCUGGAGACCUCGUCAGGCCCCCCAGUCUUAGGUGGAAACAGCAACUCCAACUCUUCUGGUGGGGCAGGGACCAUUGGUAGGGGACUGGUUAGUGAUGGACCGUCCCCUGGGGAGAGAUGGACUCACCGUUUUGAGAGGCUGAGACUCAGUCGGGGAGGGGGGACCUUGAAGGAUGGAGCAGGGAUGGUGCAGAGGGAAGAGCUGCUGAGUUUCAUGGGGGCUGAAGAGGCAGCCCCUGACCCAGCUGCGAUGGGCCGGGGAGGAGGGUCAGCUGGGCCUACCUCAGGGGGCGGAGCGCAGCCUCAGUGGCAGAAGUGUCGCCUACUGCUUCGGAGUGAAGGAGAAGGAGGAGGAGGAAGUCGUCUGGAGUUCUUUGUACCACCCAAGGCAUCUCGCCCCCGACUCAGCAUUCCUUGCUCUGCUAUCACGGAUGUCCGGACAACCACAGCCCUGGAGAUGCCUGACCGGGAGAACACAUUUGUGGUUAAGGUGGAAGGCCCCUCAGAGUAUAUUCUGGAGACAGCUGAUGCUCAACAUGUGAAGGCUUGGGUGUCUGACAUCCAAGAAUGCCUGAGCCCAGGACCCUGCCCUGCUACCAGUCCCCGCCCCAUGACCCUCCCUCUGGCCCCUGGGACCUCAUUCCUUACAAGAGAGAACACAGACAGCCUGGAGCUGUCCUGCCUGAAUCACUCAGAGAGUCUGCCCAGCCAGGAUCUGCUGCUGGGACCCAGCGAGAGCAAUGACCGCCUGUCCCAGGGUGCUUAUGGGGGCCUCUCAGACCGCCCCUCGGCAUCCAUCUCCCCCAGUUCAGCCUCCAUCGCAGCCUCCCAUUUUGACUCAAUGGAACUGCUUCCCCCAGAGUUGCCCCCCCGCAUUCCCAUUGAGGAGGGACCCCCGGCAGGGACAGUUCAUCCCCUCUCGGCCCCCUACCCACCCCUGGACACUCCGGAAACAGCCACAGGGUCAUUCCUGUUCCAGGGGGAGUCAGAGGGAGGUGAGGGGGACCAGCCCCUCUCAGGAUAUCCUUGGUUCCAUGGCAUGCUCUCUCGACUCAAGGCUGCUCAGUUAGUGCUGACAGGAGGCACCAGCUCCCACGGUGUGUUCCUGGUACGUCAGAGUGAAACAAGGCGGGGUGAAUACGUCCUCACUUUUAACUUCCAGGGCAAGGCCAAGCACCUGCGUUUGUCGCUGAACGAGGAGGGUCAGUGCCGGGUCCAGCACCUGUGGUUCCAGUCCAUUUUCGAUAUGCUCGAGCAUUUCCGGGUGCACCCCAUCCCUCUGGAGUCUGGAGGCUCCAGUGAUGUUGUCCUUGUCAGCUAUGUCCCAUCCUCCCAGCGACAGCAGGGCCGGGAGCAGGCCGGGAGCCAUGCAGGGGUGUGCGAGGGAGAUGGAUGCUACCCCGAUGCCUCCUCCACCCUCAUGCCCUUCGGAGCGAGUGACUGUGUAAUCGAACACCUCCCAUGACCCACCCCAGCCCCCUGAACCCCCUUCGUGGACAGAUCCCCCACAUCCUGGGGCAGAAGAGGCGUCGGGGGCGCCAGAAGUGGCGGCAGCAACAGCCGCAGCAGCCAAAGAGAGGCAAGAGAAAGAGAAAGCGGGCAGUGGAGGGGUCCAGGAAGAGCUGGUCCCCGUGGUUGAGCUGGUCCCCAUGGUUGAAUUGGAAGAGGCCAUAGCACCAGGCACGGAGAUCCAGGGAAGCGCUGGAUCUGGUGGGGACACUGGGGUGACCCCGAUGGUGCAACUCCAGCAGUUACCACUAGGGGGCGACGGAGAAGAAGGGGGCCAUCCCAGAGCUAUUAAUAAUCAGUACUCCUUCGUGUGAGACACCUGACCCCACCUUUUUCCACUCUUUGCUCCCCAGCCCUGGAUUUGAGAGAUUGGGCUGGGUAGGGACAUAGAGGAGAGGUAGAAAUCCCCUCCCUCGUGGUUCCUGACCCUUGUUGGCCAAGGGCAUAUAUGAUGGUACAGGCAGCAGUUCAAGAGCCCUGUUAAACCCCCAGUUCAUACACUACAGGUGCCCCUUCCCCUAGGUAGGGGACUUGGGCUCCAUUACCUCCCUGAGGGGCUCUUACGGUCAGCCCCAUCCUUGGGGGUCGCUUCCCCAUUACCACCCCCGAGCCCAAGGAAGGGUGAGGGGGAAGGGCUGUCAGUUAUAUUAAGGUGGUUGUUGUUGUUGUUUUAAACAAAAUGGAGAAGCAUAAAUAAAUAAAAGGGUUUAUCUCGGUUCCAUCGUGA